CCAACAACAGCAAAGGCGCCAAAGCCAUAAACUUUGCCGCCAAAUUUCACAAAUCAACAUCUCCUCUUAGUCAGAAAAUGCAGAUUCAAAUCAAGUGUAGCUGUGGAGAAGGAAGCUGUCCAGAAUGGGCGAUUAUUGAAGUACAAGGCGUGGUUGAAGUCCAACCCUCCUUUCAGGAUCGUCUUCAAAACCUCGAAAUUGGUCAACUCUGUCGACCUUCUUCUCAGGAGAAUUAUACUUUUACAAUUGGAUACCACGAACUAACAGGGUCAAAAGUGGCCUUGAAGAAGCCAAUGUUGGUGUUAAAAAAAGUGAAGUGUAUGGACAUUGACCAAAGCAGUGACAAUCAAUCUCCUGGAACUGAAUUAGAGGUUGUUGGAAUCAUUCGGCAUCGAAUUUUGUUCAAAACCAGACCGAAGGCCCUAAUAUCCAAACCACAGCCAGUAGUGAAGGAUAGAGCUAGUGCCGCCGCCGCAAGUUCUUCUGUACAAACCUAGUGAGAGAUCAAUUUGCAUCUGCAAAUGCAAGGAUUUAAAACUAGUGAUUUCAAAUUUUUAUUGUUUAGCUUAUUUGAAUGUUAUUUUAUAGCACUCCUAUGUUUAUCAUAGUUUGAGGAAUUCCUCAGAGGCUAUAUUUCAGUGCAUGUAAUAUUAGAUUUGGAAGCCUAA